CGACCAUCGCUGUCCUUUCUUGGGUUUCAUACAAUCAUGGCAGUUCCCGUUUUAUAGGUCCUAUAUAGCAUUAGACCGCUCGCGUUUAUCUCAUCUACCCGACUUCUCUCCGAACGACCUUCGAGUCCCUUCUCUCCCUCAUCCAACAACAUCCGACGCUCCAAACCCUGACUUCCACCCCGAUCACCUCUCACCUCGCCACCCUUCAUUCCACCUAUUUCACACCCUACAUAUUCAAUCUGCGCACCACCUACCUGGACCCCUAUCUCAUCCAGCCGCUCGCCACGCUCCUCACCUCCUCCAUGCCCGACCUCGUCUCCAUCAUCAUCCUCGCUCUCGUCCUCCUCAUCUCCCUGAAGAUCCUCGACUAUGCUCGCCGUCUCGUCAUGUUCUGGGUCAAUCUGGCCCUGCGCUUGCUGUGGUGGGCGCUGGUGCUGGCCGUCGUAUGGUACGUCUAUUCCGUUGGGAUUGAGAAAACGGGUAGGGAUGUAGGGUGGUUCGUGGGUGUUGCGGGGGGGUUUGUCGAUGGGUUCAGAGAUGGAGUGGAGGGGGGACGUGCCGUGACUGGCACUGCCAUGGCGGGGGGGUAUGCUACCGGGUUAGGGGGCAGAGGUAGAUAG